AAGCCCAAGCCGGAGAAGUAUGACUGCACCACCUGCGGUCGCACCCUUGCAUCAUCUUCUUUCCCUAACCAUCUUGCAACUGGAAAAUGCGUGCAUCUCAUCAACACCUGCAAGCGGUGCACCAAGAUCUGGAUCGCCACUCAACUAGACACGGUGACCUACGACAAGCUUUCCAGUCCGGAAUGUCCUGAGGUUCUGAGCAACAAAGACGUCAACCGCUUGGCGGCGAAGGAUGUGCAUGCGAAGUACGACAAGUUUGAGCGCGCCGGCAUCGCAGUGACGAGUCCCGGUUGGCGUUGGUGCCUGAAUCCGAAGUGCCGAGAGGGUCAAGUUCAUCAGUCCUUGCUCGACUCUGGCCACAGGGCAGAUGGUGAGAGCAAUAAGAAGGGCAAAGCCAAGCCCGACGAAGACGACAUCUGCACUUGCAAGGCAUGCGGCACCAGAGCUUGCGUGCCGUGCGAUCGGCCGUACCAUGAGGGUGAGACUUGCGCUCAGUAUCAAGGGCGCAAGGAGCGGCAAACGAAGAUGGAUGAGGAAGCAACCGAGAAGACCAUCAAGGACGUCUGCAAGAAGUGCCCAAAUCCGACGUGCGAGAUGAAUAUCCAGCGCUCGUCCGGCUGUGACAAGAUGACAUGCACGCAAUGCAGGACCGGCUUCUGCUGGGUCUGCCUUGCAACGUAU